GCGGCGGUUAUGGUACCGUGAAGGUGGCCUCCCGAGUGGUCUCCCGUGCAGAGGAACAGGACAGUACAGUCGAGCGAUCCACCGUGACCGUGGCCUUCACGCCUCGCACUCUCAAGGUGCUCCUCGCGAUCUCUCUGACGAUCACUUUCUCUACCAGCUUCGCCGCCCUGGCCUGGAGCAGCCGCACGGGAAGGUUGUCGAAAGACUACGGUGCCGACUGGGAGGUGUAUGCUGGCCUCCUCGCAUGCAGUGGCCUGGCGCUGGUGGUGCAAGCUCUGAUCAUGGCACGGCGCCUUCCUCCCGGUGAGAAGUUCGGAACUAUGGCUUUCGCCCAGGCCUGCAUCACCGGCAUGGCCCCCGUGAUUUCGGAUCAAUACGACACCAUGAAG